AUGUCCACCGGCGGCCUUUUCGGAAGGUGGGUGAGCACCUUGGGCUGGCAUGGUGUGAUGGUCACCUUGACGGAACCCCUGUUGGACAGAAGACCAUCAUCAGUCUUUUCCACCUUCAUCCUGGCUACUGACUGGAGGUACCUGCGGCCGUGGCGGGGGGUAUGGUACCCCUACCAUCCGGUUUCAGGUGCUGCCAUCCAGCGGCCUAGCGGGGAGCAACAGGUCGCCUCCGGUGUCAGUAGCAAGGCCCAAAUUUAA